AUGUCUCUUUCCUAUGCCAGACGCGUUGACUUUUUAUUCUUUGCACCCAAUCACGAAAUGUUAGACGAGAAAGGUAUACCAGACCCAACCUUCAAAAAAAAGCCGCAAUCUUCGUCGGCAAAUAACCCCGACGUCUCGCAUUUUUUUAGUGAUUCCGAUGAAGCAACUCGGAACACGGAAGAAACUUAUUUGAACACGGAGCAGUAUUUUUUUCUGGCAAAUUUUUGGGGUUCCCUCAGGGAUAGACAAACGAGUAGUGGUGCGGGUACCAACCAAGUACUUUUGGAUAACUUGAUUUCACAAUUAUUAGAAGAGGCCAAUGCAAAUGCAAAGGGUCCUCCACCGGCUAGUAAAAAGUUUCUUCAAAAUUUACCCACAGUUCCAAAGUCAGAGAUCAAAUCUGGUAAUGUACUGUAUUAUGAACCGUCGUGA